AUGGAGACCCCUCGUAAACCCCAGAAAACAACCAAGCUCACCGGCGAUCGCGCAGCCAGAAAGCGCGAACAGGACCGGCAGGCCCAGAGGAGCGCGCGAGAAAAGACCAAGAAGCUCAUCGCACAUCUAGAGUCGCGCAUAGAAACCCUGACUCGAUUUCACAACAGCGGAAAUGUCCAAGAAUUAAUCGACGAGCUAGAAACACAGCGGAAAGCAAACGAAGCACUACGAAACACACUACGUUCCAUCGAGAAGGCCAUCAACACUGGUCUUUCUGAAGCGAACACCGUCCUUCAAAACUACAACACCGCCAAAAAGGAACUAGACGAUGAUUCUAGCUCAACUGACAGGCAGAAUGGCAAACACUUAGAUAGCAGUGGCAGCGUCCAAGAUGUCGCUCAACACUCGAGCCUCGUCGGUCCAAUCCAACAUCACCUUCCGCAGCAAUCCGCGAGUCCGCCUUUUGACGAGCCCACCGCGAUGCUCGACAAGUUCUCUUCGAAUGGGGCAUUUAUGAAUAUACCUGACGCUUUACUCGCGAAAACGUCGGAUGUGCAAACACCAUUCAACAGCACCUUGCACUCUUUUCCCCUGGACAUACCUGUGCCUAUCCAGUCUGUAGUACAUUCUACGGAAGCUCCCUGUGACUGUUGCAAGCAGCUGUUGUAUAUGAACGAAAUGCUCGGUCGGUUUGCACUAUCCUGCGCGAGAACCAUGGCAGACCAAGGGAUCCGCGAUGCUGACAUCGCCAUCCGCGCCGUUCUCCACGGGUGGGAUGCAGUCACUCACUUGUACCCGCUUGACCCCAUCUGGAACAUGCUUCGAGCGGCUGAUGAGGGACUUUGGCGUACUUGCGGUACUCUGGAACGACUAUCCACCAUCCGGGUUGUGAGCCUGAUGCUUCGCUACCUAUCAGACCCAUCGGAACCGAACCUAAGUCAGCUUCCUAGGUUUAUGAGGCAACGGCCGUCCCAAACUCGCAUCAUACAUAAACCACUGAUUGACUUUCUUGUGUGGCCCGGACUUCGUGAGCGUCUCAUCCUCUUCCCACAUCAACAUUGCUCGGAGAAGUUCUGGUCCAUGUUCUGGACUUGCUUCCGCUUCUCCUGGCCGUACCGCCUGCACGACGUCUUUGUGCAACAAGGCCAAACUGGCCUCUAUCGAUUCUCCGACGCAUACAACAAAUACUUUUAUAAUCUGGAGACCUGGUGCAUGACCCCUGAGUUCUUCGCCGAGUUCCCUGACCUCGAUGUGGACGUCAAUAUGGUACCGACGUCUGCAGAAUCAACACCUACAACCGUGGAUAGCGAGACUCUGACGAUGAGUAACGGAGCACUUACCCACGAGAACGUCUCGCGGCUUGACCCAACCGCUGCGAAUAUGGCUGCGAAUAUGUUUACCACAUUUCCGGCAACAGACUGGUCAACGGGUCGCAAUCAUCUCUUUUGA